UGAAUUUGUUGGAGAAACUGUGACUCGCUUCACUCGCAACAUCUCCUCGUCUCAUAUCUCCCCGGGUCGCUGCACGGAACUCGGUCGCCGCCGUGUAUCGCGUCUGUGUUCAGCCCCACGCAAUAUUAGGCACGUUCAACCAUGACCACCAUACCAAGGGACCAGCUAUCUGCCAUGACGACAGUCAAAGUUCCUUCCAAGUCCCCGGGAUGGAACCUCGACACCUGGGUGUACCUCCCUACUAACACUGACUCUCGUCAACGUCCAGUCAUCAUAAUGGCGCACGGUCUGAGCGCUAACAAGACGAUGGGGCUCGCCGCCUAUGCCCGCGAGUUCGCGUCACUUGGAUACGCUUGUGUCGUUUUUGACUACCGAAGGUGGGGUUCUUCAGACGGAACACCCCGGCACGUCCUCUAUAUAUCCGAGCAGCUCGAGGACUACCGCGUCGUGAUCAAGUGGUGUCGCACGCAGUCCGAGUAUCCGCUAGAUCCCCAGCGAAUCGUCGUAUGGGGGACCAGCCUUUCCGGUGGCCACGCCAUAUCCCUGGCUUGCGAACCCAGGCUGGCCCUGAUAGGGUCCAUUGCCCAAUGCCCCUACACCGGCGUCGGGCCUAAAAUGCAAUUAUCCGUAACCUCGAUCAAGACUCUCGCUCUUGGGAUAUGGGAUGCGCUCAGGCAGGCGUUCGGCGGACGCCCUAUCUACAUCAAUGCUUGUGCUGAACCCGGUCAAGUCGGAUUCCUCAAUCAACCGGGGAGUUCGAAAGGGAUGCAAGCUCUUUUGGGCACCGAUACCGUAUUUCCCAACGAGAUCUCAGCUUCGUCGCUCUUCGAAUUGCCUUUCUAUAGCCCGGCGGCCGGAUCAUCCGGGCUGGCGUGCCAGACGCUCAUCAUCCCCUGCGUAGACGACAACUUGUGCGCCAUGUCCGGAGCUGUCGAGAUAGCGCACAAGUCGAAGUAUGCCAAGCUGGAGGCCGUACCAGGAGGUCUGCUAUCAUACGUUCUUGGACUCCCGGAUGCUGCAGAGCGGCGCUGA